GAAUAACUGUCAAAAUAAUCCAAUGCAAGUCAGGAACAUCAACAAAAUAAUACUACAGUAACUGAGCCUCGACUCUCUGUUUCUCACAUUCGAUCAUCGGGUUUUUUGACAGGGACUCCUAUGGGGAAUUGUCCGCCAUGGAAUCCCGAAACAAUGCAGAAGAUAGUGGAAAUGUUCUGGGGGAGAUAUCAGCAAGAGAGGCCAGAUAAUAGGAGGAGGGAGACUAAGAAGAUUAGAGGGACGGUUGUGCUAAUGAAGAAAAAUAUUCUGGACCUCAGUGAUAUGGGAUCGUCGUUUCUUGAUCGACUGCACGAGCUCAUGGGACGAGGUGUUUCUCUGCAGCUCAUCAGUUCUGAUCAUGUUGAUCCAGUCAAUGGGAGAGGGAAGCUCAGCAAAGCAGCAUUUCUUGAAAAUUGGAUUACUAGAAUUACCUCGGUGACAGCUGAAGAUGCUUCAUUUAGCAUUACAUUUGACUGGGAUGAGUCGAUGGGUGUUCCGGGUGCUUUUAUUAUCAAAAACCAUCAUCGCAGUCAGCUCUACCUGAAAACAGUCACCUUAGAAGACUUCCCUGGUCACGGGAGAGUCCAUUUCGUAUGCAAUUCUUGGGUUUACCCAGCACAUCGUUACAAAUAUGACCGUGUCUUCUUUGCAAACAAGGCUUACCUGCCAAAUAAUACACCAGCAGCCUUGAGAGAAUACAGAGAAGUUGAACUUAUCAAUCUUCGUGGAAACGGAACUGGAAUGCUAAAGGAGUGGGAUAGAGUCUAUGACUAUGCAUACUACAAUGACCUGGGAAGUCCAGACAAGGGCCUAAAAUAUGCUCGCCCAGUGCUGGGUGGAUCGAAGGAGUACCCAUAUCCUCGCAGAGGACGAACAGGUCGCAUGCCAACAAAAAAUGAUAGCAGCACCGAGAGUAGAUUGCCCCUGUUAAGUUUGGACAUUUAUGUUCCACGGGAUGAAAGGUUCAGUCACAUAAAGUUUUCAGAUUUCCUUGCCUAUGCUCUAAAGUCACUUGGUCAGAUAAUAGUACCAGAGAUUAACUCUUUAUUUGAUAAAACUCCUGGUGAAUUCGAGACAUUCCAAGAUGUAAUGAAACUCUAUGAAGGUGGAAUAAGGUUACCAGAUGGGGACAAAUUGAAAACACUCAAGGAAUGCAUCCCAUGGGAGAUGCUCAGAGAACUUGUUCGUUCUGACGGUGAGCAGUUCCUCAAGUUCCCAAUGCCUGAUGUAAUCAAAGAGGACAAGUCUGCAUGGAGGACAGACGAAGAGUUCGCACGUGAAAUGCUUGCAGGAGUGAAUCCUGUUUCCAUUCGUUGCCUCCAUGAGUUUCCACCAACUAGCAAGCUAGACCCAAAGGUAUAUGGCAAUCAAACCAGCUCAAUCACAAGGGAACACAUUGAGAAGUCCAUGAAUGGUCUAUCUGUAUAUAAGGCUAUCAGGAGAAAGCGGUUGUUUAUAUUAGAUCACCAUGAUGGACUGAUGCCAUAUCUAAGACGGAUCAAUACAACCACUACCAAAAUGUAUGCCACUCGCACUCUCCUACUGCUUCAUGAUAAUGGGAAACUUAAACCGUUAGCAAUUGAACUGAGCUUACCACAUGCACAAGGAGACAUACAUGGUGCCACAAGUCAAGUAUAUACCCCGUCAGAGGAUGGCAUUGAAGGUUCAGUGUGGCAGCUAGCAAAAGCUUAUGCUGCUGUUAGUGAUUCAGGCUACCACCAGCUCAUAAGCCACUGGUUGAACACACAUGCAGUGAUAGAGCCAUUUAUCAUUGCAACAAACAGACAAUUGAGUGUGAUUCACCCAAUAUAUCAGCUUUUGCACCCCCAUUUCCGUGAUACAAUGAACAUUAAUGCCUUGGCUAGACAAAUCCUCAUCAAUGCUGAUGGGGUUCUUGAGAAGACGGUGUUUCCAGCUAGAUUUUCAAUGGAAUUGUCAUCUUUUGCUUACAGAAGUUGGAUUUUCACAGAGCAAGCGCUUCCAUCUGAUCUACUAAAAAGAGGAAUGGCAGUUCCAGACUCAAGGCAACCCCAUGGACUCAGACUUCUAAUAGAAGAUUACCCCUACGCGGUUGAUGGCCUUGAUAUAUGGUCUGCAAUUGAAACCUGGGUGAAAGAGUAUUGCUCUCUCUACUACCCAACAGACGAAACAAUACAAUCAGACUCUGAACUUCAAUCAUGGUGGUUGGAGAUCCUCACCGAGGGCCAUGGUGACAAGAAGGACGAGCCCUGGUGGCCUAGUAUGAAGACAAGAGGAGAUCUUAUCCUAAGUUGCAGCAUCAUUAUAUGGGUGGCUUCUGCUCUCCAUGCAGCAGUGAAUUUCGGUCAAUACCCUUAUGCUGGAUUCCUCCCAAACCGCCCCACUGUGAGUCGUCGCUUCAUGCCUGAGCCAGGUACUCCAGAGUAUGCUGAGCUUGAAACAAGCCCUGAUUCAGCAUUUCUAAAAACCAUCACAAGCCAGCUUCCAACACUACUAGGAGUGUCUCUCAUUGAGAUUUUGUCUAGACAUUCAACGGACGAGGUUUAUCUUGGACAAAGAGACACCCCUGACUGGACUUCAGAUCAAAGAGCGCUAGAUGCAUUUGACAGAUUUGGAACAAAACUGGUGGAGAUAGAAAACAGGAUUGCAAACAGGAACUGUGAUGUGAGAUGGAAGAACCGCGUAGGGCUCGUUAAGGUGCCUUACACAUUACUUUAUCCUAACACCUCAGAUUACAGUAGAAAUGGUGGGCUUACAGGCAAGGGAAUUCCUAACAGUGUUUCAAUCUGAAAAUGCUCUGGUUUGCAUCUGGAGAUUCUUUUCUAUUUUUAUCUGCUAAAUCUUUGUAACUUUUAAUUGGAGGCACGUAUUGUAAAUCAUGCCUAACGAUUGCAUCGCUGAAAUUUGGAGUAUUAUUAAUAAAAACUGACUAGUUCACUUGUU